AUGGAAAGAUCAAAGCCCCAGGCAUUCCUAUCGAGCUAUGCGCCGCGACUCCGCGCCUACAACAACUCCCUCCUCACCCCCGUUCUACCAAGCAGCGCGCCCACUGGCCCGGUUUCGAGGACUACCAAACGAGGGACGACCAUCAUUAAUUAUGCUGAAGAUGGCUAUGACGACCUGGAAGACGACAGCGAUGACCCGCGUCGACGACCAACAGGACUGCGGAGCUUGCGCAAGGAGGACUCGGCCAGCAGACUAGACCUCGCCGACAAGGUUGGCAAAGAUACUAAGGAGCCAGUUGAGGUGCAGGGCGUCUGGCGUGAUUGGAUAGCUAAGCAUAGGUUGCUUAGGAGCGAUCAGCAGAAUGCCAUUCAAGCGACCCUCCCUCUUACUCUGAUUCCAAUUCGAAUCGAUUUGGACGUUCCUGCGUUUAUCCCCCCAGCUCCGUAUCCAACGCCAAACCCUAACACAGUGGAUACAUCGCUCCCUCAGUACCGUCAGCAGGAGGCGACGGUGCCUUACAAACUUCGAGACAUUUUCUGUUGGAACCUUCACGAAACGCUCAUCUCUACUGACCAAUUUGCCCAAACGCUGGUGCAGGAUCUGGAUCUGCCAAACCGACAAGCCGCCACUGCUGAAAUUAGUAAACAAAUUCGAACACAGCUGGAAGAAUAUUCGGGUGUUGCUCUACAUCCUUUGUUCCAUAGCGACCAGCAGGCUCCCUCUGCCCCACAACCUACAACGGCCGGAUUGACGCCACGACCAAGCUUUGCGCUCAAGUCCCGGGAUGAUUCUCCGGCCUCUGCCAUCCGUGGCACUUCACGGCCUGACACACCAGCGCAGACGGGAGGUGCAGCCACUUCCUCACAAACUCAAGCUCCCGAUGUCACGGCAGAGGCGACACCGAUACUUCCCGACUCUGAUGACUACAACCCCGACGACACCUACCGAUGUAUCAUCAACUUAAGUCUCAAUCUAGCAUCGAUGCUUUACACUGACAAGUUCGAGUGGUCUCUUCUGCACCCUCCUGGUACUGCUGAGGCAUUCGCCAAGGUCACUUGUACAGAUCUGGGAUUAACGGGAGAGUGGAUCCCCGCGAUGACCCAUGCUAUAUACGAAGCUGUUCUGCGGCUGAAGAAGGAAGCGUGUGAAGCAGGUGGCCUUGUCGCUGGAUGGGGUGGUCUGCAGCAGGAGCUGCCAAAUGACGCUGCUCACGGUUCAGAGGCUGGUUGGAGAUAUGAACCGGAGCAUCUCGGCGAUGACUGGGAGCCCAAGGUGGAAUUUCUUAGUAAGGAAGAAAUUGAGAAGAGAGAAGGUGACCGCGAACGUGAAGUUCGACGAUUGCGCCGUGAGACGGCACGGUUCAGCUCUACAACAGGCAUGCUCGGAGGCACACCCUUUGGGGCAGCGAUGGAGGUUGAGGAAGAGAGAAUGGGACGAGGCGAACGGUCCAAGAAGAAGCGUCGUUUCCGAAGUUUGAGUCCCCUUGGACGAGGUGGUACGCCUGGAGGACGAGGCACGCCUGACGUUGGCGGAUAUGGCGGUGGCGGCGCCCUGACAGACCAAGAAAGAUUCCAGUGGAGAUGUAUGCACUGCAAGAUAUGGGGCACAAGCGUUUGGGCUGUCAGGGACGGCCCAGCAGGUCCAAGGACUUUGUGUGCCAACUGCGGCUACGUCUACGAGCGUGAUCAGAGACUGCCUCGUCAAAGUAAAAACCUCCAUUUGGCCGACAUUCGUGGAGUUUAG